AUGGACGUUACCUCAGAUGCUGUAUCCUAUACGCAAUCACCAGAGCCAUUAGAUGUCUUACCGCCAACGGCAAUUGAAUCGAAGGAUUCAUUACACACGCGAACAUUUUAUUCUGAUGUCCCGCAAAAUAUCUUGAAAUCUAAUGAUUCCGUGAUCCUCGGAGUUGAUGAAGCAGGUCGUGGUCCUGUGAUUGGUCCCAUGGUAUAUGGUAUAAGUUAUUGUACAAGAGAGUACCAGGAUAAGGUCUUAAAAAAACGAUAUGCGUUCGAUGAUUCCAAAAAGCUUACAGAUCCUGUGAGAAGAGACCUCUUCCAGCGUAUGUACACUGGAGAAAUAAAUCAAGUUGGAUAUGCUACCACUAGCAUAACUCCAUGCGAUAUAUCGAGCGGAAUGCUACGAUUUCCGCCGGAGAAGAACUACAAUCUCAAUGAGCAAGCUCACGAUGUGACAAUUGCCUUGAUCCAGGGAGUCAUUGACAGGGGCGUCGGAAUAGAGCAUGUGUACGUUGAUACAGUUGGACCACCCGCUACAUAUCAGAAGAAACUAGAAUCCACUUUUCCCAAUAUUAAGUUUACCGUCGCAAAGAAGGCAGAUUCCCUUUAUUGCGUGGUAAGUGUGGCUAGUGUUGUGGCAAAAGUUACGCGUGACGUGCUUGUAGAGCUUCUCAAGACCCGCGACGAUGAAGUGAUCGGGUCUGGGUAUCCUUCUGAUGGCAAGACAACAGCCUGGUUGCGUUCUAACAAGACCGAACUCUUUGGGUGGUCCUCCAAAAUGGUGCGGUUCUCAUGGCAGACAGCGCAAACCCUGCUAGACAAGAAUCCCGAUGCAGUUAGUAUGGAAUGGGAGGAUGACUUUUUAGGGAAGGGAUCUCAGUCUGUGUCGGCAAUGUUUGCAGUUCCACCAAAAGUGAUCACCUUAGAUAAUUGGUAUGGAGAGUGA